AUGGCGAAUCCUAGAAAAUUUAGUGAAAAGAUUGCCCUUCACAAUCAAAAGCAGGCUGAGGAAACGGCCGCUUUUGAGAAAAUUAUGCGUGAAGUUUCCGACGCAACCAAUAAGGUGAACUCUAGCAAUCGCCGUUCGAAAAUGAAAGCACCGCCCGAACCGGAGGUUGUUGAACAAAUAGUCACAACACAAAGCUUGGGCACAUACAGGAGCGGUUCAUUGCCAAAUGUUGCUGCUCCUGAAGCCCCGCCAAGUCUGGAGACUACUAAGCCCGAAGAAACGACACUAGCCACUCAGUAUGGGCUCGGUAGAAGCGGGGGGACUUCGCCAACCCCUCGGUCGCCCGGUCGGGGUCGGGCAUCCUCGUCUGUGGGGCCGAUGAGACGGCCGGCUGACCGGAAACACGACACCAGCCCUUACGGAAGCACCGUAUAUUUAAGCCCGCCGCCGGACAGCAACUGGCGGCGGACUAACUCAGACUCCGCCCUCCACCAGUCGUGCGGCGAGCAGCAGACGGCCGCGCCGCCGCUGUCACCGCACCACCCUCUACACUCACACGCACACCCUCACCUGCACCCACACCAGAACCAUCGGAGAGCUGGCAACAUUAAUCUAGAUGUAUUGGCGACGUUAGGCAUGAGCCCAAAUAAUCGUCCGCGGUCGUCGUGUGAAAUACCUAGGAUACCUAACAAUAACAAUGUGUACGAGAGCGGUGUGGAUGCUAGCGGUGCGUUAUCCUGCGGCGAGCUGUCCGUGCCUGGCGGGUCACUGCCGGACCUCACGUCAGUGCAUUACCCGCCACCCCACUACCUCACGAGAGCUUCACCCGACUAUCAACCAAGAUAUAGCCCCACGUCCCCGGGCGCGGUGUCCCCCGGCGGUGGCAGCGUGUCCCCCGCUACAGGGGGCCUCUCCCCCCAGUCCGGCUCACCGGUAGGAGCCACAGUGCCGCUAGCGACGAUGCACGAACACCCUAUAUAUGAAACACAAAGUCACUUAUCUGUACCAAACACAAAUAAUUAUCUUCAUCAUAAUAAGAACAUGUCGCCGUUGAACCACAGUUGGAUGACGUCAAACUAUCAGUCACACUGUAGUCCGCCGUCACAAUAUUCAUCAACGUCAAAUAUAAAUAUACCCUCACCUACGAUGGUACACAGUCCCGGCAGUCCUGGCGAGUCACCUCAGACGGACUACACGAACCUCCACCAGGCGCUGUUACAGCCAUUUGAACAGAUUACCAUGCAAGGAGUUGAUUGGGCGCAGCUGGUGCAGAGUCUCGUGGAGUCGGGCUGGACCGCGCACGUCCACGUGCCGGAUAACCUCGACGCGCCGACAUCGAACUACAACACGACGUACAUCAACCAUAGCUCACACUCGCAACAGACGACGAACUCAACGCACACUUACACACAGUCAUCCCAGCCAUGUCACAGCGGCCACUCGUCCCCGUCGGUGGAGCCGCGUCGUGCGCGUGACCCGGUGGCGGGCGGCGCGUACCCCUUACAACCUCUGCAACCACUCGCCUCGCCUCAACAACCACCUACACCCGCCACGCCCGCAUCAAUACCGGACAUUAUACUCACAGAUUACUCGGGCGAGUUAGACCCGGGUAUAUUCGGCGGCGAGGAGGCUCAGCUGCGGGCCGGGUUAGACCUGGACGACCUCACGCUACUAGAGGAGCCUAGCUCGUUACUCCCGGAUUCGUCUGUAGAACACGAGUUCCGCCUCGACCGACUCGACCGCUUCUAG